UAAGUGUACGAAUGUGCUACACUUUUCGUACAAAAGAAAGGGCCUAAAAUUGUAAAUAUUUGUUUUUUGUAAAUUUUUUGGAAAAGGGGAAAAAGGAAGGCCUUUUAACAACAUAUCCAUCAUGUUCCAGAACAAAGAAAUCAUGGAAUUGUGUGAAAUGUUAGCUGAACAUGAGAACUUGAAAGUUUCAAUCAAAGAAGCAACCAAAGGUGCAUUCUGCGUUGGUUUUGGAGCAUUUGCAGGAGCAUUAUUAGCUGGACCAGUAGGAUUAGCCGUAGGAGGAACCAUUGCAUCUGUAACUACUGCUUGGAGGUCCAGAUACUCAUACAGAUCUGUAGUAGAUGUACUAAGAAAUGAUUUAACUCCUGAACAAAAAAGGAAACUUGUAGACAGUGUUCAGAAUCUGAUAUCCAAAAUCAAACCUGAAGAUUGUCUGAAACUUCUGACCCUUGUUUUAACAAAUGCCUCCUUGAAAGAAGCUGUGCUGACAGAGAUAGGCUGUUUCUUAUUGAAAGAAAUGAGAUUACAAAUGAUUAGAUAAAUUAUAUAUUAGGUACUCAUGAAGGGUACUGAAACUACUUUAAUCAAAAUGGUGCUCAUACUCAAAUUAACUUGCUAAGGAAUAUUUCAUAAAACAUCAAUUUUAAUUUUACUCUUUUAUAUUAAUCUAAUUGGGGAUAAGACUGGUAGGAGUGGGGGGCAGUUACACAUCAGUUAUCACUUAUCAGGCUACACUGGGCCUUUUUGCCAGGCACCUAUACAGCUUUGUUCCAAGGGGAGGGGGGUAAUUUGUG